AUGCCCCACUGGGGAAGACCACCAGGGGGCUCGUCGGGUGUGGGGAGAUACUAUGGGGGGAGUAGGGACGACGUACUUAGGUUUCAAGAUUUGGGUAGCGACGACGAAAAGGAUGGCGUUGUAUUAGAUUCGGCCUUUCAACCAGCCUUGAACGGCCAGCACAUCAAUCCAGAUGAAUUAUACUUUAAUGAUAUGGAUAUCAGAGCGUGGGAGGGCAGAGCAUCGGCUUUGGCAGAAGCAACUUAUGGUCAAGAAAAUGGUUACCAAGAAGACAGUGAAAGGCGCUUUGAUUCGGCCGAAUAUGAAGAGAUGCUCUUUCGACGUGUACUCGACAAGAUCCGGAUAGCAAGAGCAGCAGGAAAUCCAGACGUCUCACUCAGUCCUCAAGAGCUUCAUGCGUAUCAGUCACGACUCUACGGCCCACGAGUGCCUGCAGCGCGCCCCCAAGCCCAAUCUCGGCACAGUAGCGCUUCAACACCUACUGAUAGUGCUAGCGUUGUGAGUGUCCCUGGGGAUGGCAGACACGGUGCCUCCUCAACGCGGUCAAAGAAGAGUGAGAAGCGCAACUUCAUCUUCAGCUCAAAAUCAAGAAAAGACAAGCAGCCUAGCAGUCGUACACGUACAUUGGCUGUAUCUGCUCUAGAUAGUUAUGCGCCGCCACCAGGAUUUGUUGUACCAGGUCCCAGUGGAGAGCCCAUGUAUACACCUAUCAGCGCUCAUCCGGCCAGUCUAGCUCGUGAACACGAGUCUCUGGACCCGCCGUCCCGCUCGGCGGCUGAUGUCAGCCACCAUGUUCCUACGCCUUCAGUCACCACGACGAGAGACAUGCUCGGUGCAUACCCGGAAUCUGUGUACGAAUAUCAGCCUGCAACCCCUCGACGUCAAGAUCGGACUAUCUCUCCACGACAAGCUGCUUUUGAAGCUGAUACGCCGCCCGUCUCCCGCACAAGAUCACCUUCAAUACAAUCAUCUCGGCUUGUGCCGUUUCCCGUCGAGCCAUAUCAAUACCACUCCUUCAGCCCAGCUUCUUCGUCGUCGCCGACUUCGCCUCAACUACAAUACACUCGAAGAAUAAGCUCCGGCGUAUCCGAAGCUAGCUACGCGUCGAUACCAAGGCGUGUGCCAGUGCCCGUGCAGGCUUCAGCAUCAAUACCACUUCAACGAGCUGUAGCUGUUGGAAGUGGUCAGGGCAGUCAGUCGGACCCGGUUCUGGUAACGCAGGUGUCUGGUUCGGCGACUGCGGUACCAGCUCAGGAAAGUGGUAGAGGUGUUGGAAGUGGCCAUGGAGCUGAGAAGCGGCGAAAGAGUGGUAAAAGUAGAAAGAAGGAAUAA